CUGGGGCGGCCGGGCCGAGCCCAGCCCUCUGGGCUGGCGGAGGCGCGGGGGCGGUGCUCCCGCCGGCAGCCGGGACUUCCUGUGACAGCCCAUUUCCUGGUCGGAUGGGGCCGGUGGGGGGCGGCGGUGGGGUCGGUCCCUGACGGGCUCGGUGGCCGCCGGGAGCUCCGCCAGGCAGCGAUGCGGGCCCCGGGCCCUGCCGGCAGGCGGCCCCCGCCGUGACCCGCCGCGGGCAGCCGGUGGGGCUGCGGCAGGCCGGCCCCUGGGCGCCGCUGCGGGGUGCAUGGAGGAACCCCCCGCCCGCAGAGAGGUGUGAAUCCUCCGGAGAACAGCGCGCCUGCUUCGCUUGGCCCCACAAGGCGAGCGGCCCCGGGUCCCCCUCGCCGGCCUCGGCCGGGCUGCAAGAGGCACAAGGAGGGGGCUAGGGACCUUAAAAAUAACAUCGCCCCCAUAAUCAGGCAGCUGCUCCCUCCUGAGAAAUGAAGAAGUUUUUCGACUCGCGUCGGGAGCAGGGUGGCUCUGGCCCUGGAUCGGGCACCAGUGGUGGCGGUGGCGGCAGCGGUGGCCCGGGCAGCGGGUACAUCGGCAGGGUGUUCAGCAUCGGCCGGUACCAGGUGACGGUGGACGAGGUGCUGGCGGAAGGUGGAUUUGCGAUAGUGUUUCUUGUGAGGACUAACAAUGGGAUGAAAUGCGCCCUGAAGCGGAUGUACGUCAAUAAUGAGUACGACUUGCAAGUCUGCAAAAGAGAAAUCCAAAUCAUGCGGGACUUAUCUGGCCACAAGAACAUUGUUGGAUACAUUGAUUCCAGUAUAAACUCAGUAAGCAGUGGUGAUGUCUGGGAAGUGCUGAUACUAAUGGACUUCUGUCGAGGAGGUCAGGUGGUGAACCUCAUGAAUCAACGCCUGCAGACGGGCUUCACAGAGAAUGAGGUCCUGCAGAUCUUCUGCGACACCUGCGAAGCUGUAGCCAGGUUGCAUCAGUGUAAAACACCAAUAAUCCACAGGGAUUUGAAGGUUGAAAACAUUCUGCUCCACGAUCGUGGCCACUAUGUCCUGUGUGACUUUGGAAGUGCUACUAACAAAUUCCAGAACCCUCAAACAGAAGGGGUGAAUGCAGUAGAGGAGGAGAUCAAAAAGUAUACUACGUUAUCCUAUAGAGCACCAGAAAUGGUCAACCUGUAUAGUGGCAAACUUAUAACUACAAAAGCAGACAUAUGGGCCCUUGGCUGUUUACUGUACAAGCUGUGUUACUUCACCUUGCCAUUUGGGGAGAGUCAGGUGGCAAUCUGUGAUGGCAAUUUCACCAUUCCAGAUAAUUCUCGGCACUCACAAGACAUGCACUGCCUCAUCCGGUAUAUGCUUGAGCCAGACCCUGAUAAGAGACCUGAUAUUUAUCAGGUCUCCUACUUUGCAUUCAGAUUGGCAAAGAAGGAAUGCCCGGUCCAGAAUGUGCAGAACUCUCCAAUCCCCGCUAAACUCCCAGACCCGGUUAAAGCAAGUGAAGCUGCUGCAAAGAAGAGUCAACCAAAGGCCAGACUGACAGAUCCCAUCCCUACAACAGAAACUUCCAUAGCACCCCGCCAGAGACCUAAAGCAGGACAGACGCAACCCAACCCUGGAAUUUUACCCAUUCAGCCAGCUCUGACGCCUAGGAAGAGACCCACCACUCAAGCAGCCAUUCAGCCACAAGUUGCAGGACCUGCUGCCCUGGGCAGUGGUCAGCCUUCACUCCCUGCAAGUGUCCCCCAGCAAAAAGCAGCACCUCAACAGACUCCGGCACAGCCACAAGCCAAGCAGGUGCCAGCUCCGCAGCAGGCCUCUCAGGCGCAGCCCCAAGUCCCUUCUUCUCAGCCCCAAGCCACACCUCAGCAUCAACAGCAACUUUUCUUGAAGCAGCAGCUUCUGCAACAGCAACAGCAGCAGCAGCAGGCUGCAUAUUACCAGCAGCAGCAGAUGAUGCAAGCUCAGCAGUUCCCAGUGAUGCAGCAAGGAGCGCCAGCACAGCAGCAGCUGAUGCAGAACUAUUACCAGCAGCAGCAGAUGAUGGCCCAGCAGGCAGCAAUGCAGCAGAAGACAGCAGUAACAGCAGUUCAGCAAAAGCAACAAGCCCCGGCACCGCCACAGCCCCAAGCCCAGCAAAGUGUGGCCCAGCCAGCACCACCACAGGAGCAAGUGAUGCAGGCACAAAUGAGGCAACAGCAAAAACCUCAAACUACACCCCCUGCAGCAGUGCAAGGGCAGAAGCUGGGUUCUCUCACCCCUCCGUCCUCCCCCAAGACACAGCGUGCAGGACACAGGAGGAUUCUGAGUGAUGUGACCCACAGCGUGGUUUUUGGGGUUCCAGCCAGCAAGUCAACCCAGCUCCUGCAGGCAGCUGCUGCUGAAGCCAGUCUCAACAAGUCCAAAUCUGCUUCCACCACACCCUCGGGCUCCCCACGGACCUCCCAGCAGAAUGUCUAUAACCCGCCCGACAUCUCCACGUGGAAUCCAUUUGACGAUGAUAACUUCUCCAAACUCACAGCUGAGGAGCUGCUGAACAAGGACUUUGCAAAGCUAGGUGACGGGAAAGCUCCAGAAAAGAUGGGCAGUUCCACAGAGAACUUGAUUCCAGGUUUCCAGCCGGCUUCAUCUGCAGCCCAGGCAGAUGCCUUUGGUGGCUCUUCCUUCACCGCUGGAUCAGCUGAAAAAACGAAAGACAUUCUGAGUUUGGACACUAGCCCUCCUCUUCUGACUGUGCCUGAUCCUUUCAUUCCUCUCCCGUUAUCCGACACGCCAGAAAAACUGAUUGAGGGACUCAAAUCUCCUGAGACUGCGCUUCUGCUCCCUGAUAUCCUGCCUCUCGCUGACCCCUUCGGUAGCACGUCAGAUGCUGUGAAUGGAAAACCUGACGUAGCUGUUGAGAGUCUCAUACCGGGCCUCGAGGCUCCAUUGCCCCAACGCCUUGUGUCACAGACUGAGUCGGUUGCCUCCAACAGAACAGACUCUCUCACUGGGGAAGACUCUCUGCUUGACUGUUCUCUGCUUUCUAACCCUGCUGCUGACCUCUUGGAUGAGUUUGCUCCCGUAGCUUUCGCAGCUCAACCUCACAAAGAAGAUACUAACCUGAUAUCAGGCUUUGAUGCUCCUGAGGGCUCUGAAAAAGUGACAGAAGAUGAGUUUGACCCAAUUCCAGUGUUGAUAUCCAAAAAUUCACAAGGUGGGCAUUCUAGAAACAACAGUGGAAGCUCUGAGUCCAGUCUUCCCAACAUAGCCAGGUCUUUACUGCUGGUGGAUCAGCUCAUAGACCUGUAGCAGUGACACAGUAGCAGACGCAGUUUCUGUAACGUACCUAAUCCUCCGUUUUCAUUUCCAGAAGAGUUACCUUCAGUUGUGGUUCUUUUGGUCUUCCCCCCCACCCCCAACUAAAAGAAAAACAAAUCUGCCAACAGGAGACAGUCACCCACCUCUCUCCCUGUCUUUCCAUGCCCUGGGAAAGAUUCUGUCUCGGUUUUCCAGGUAGUCCUCUCUAAAGCUGGUAAAAACCUAUUAUGGUUCCUUCUGCACCUGUCUUUAAUAGCCUAUGUCUAAAGGGAGCACCAUCCAUAGCCGCCCUGCUGAGAUGUACACAUAGCACCGUGGAAAGCCUAACUGUAAAUGAAUUAGAUAAUCGUAGCUGAUGUAUGAUCCCUGCAUACAACAGACUCCUUUCUCCUUAGAGUAGUGCGUGAACAACUGUGUUUCAAUCUUUGCAUUUGUGUUUUUGGGUUUGUUUUUUUGUUUUGUUCCUGUUUUUUGAUGAAUGGGCAGGAGGAAGGGGACAGGUGAAAUCAGUAGGGACGUCCCUCUCCUGCAGAACACAGGUUAGGAGAGCUGAUGUUUCUAUUCUAAAUUGCCAGUAUAUGCUUCAGAGGAGGAGAAAGCACCGAAUUCCUUUGAAGUAGUCUUGCCUAGUACCUCUGGUGAUGGUGCAUAUGAAGAGAGUUUUCCGGACUGCCCCCAGCUAAUGGUUUGCUGUUUAACAAUCCUGCUUGUGAAUGAACUGCGCUUCCUUGGGGGAGGGGAAAAAAAGAAAAGAAAAAAAAAAAAAAGAAAAAAAAGAAACAGAUUGUUAAAGCUGCAAAAAUGACCCUAAGUGAAAUACAACAAGGUUUCGAACCAAAUACAUGUGAGUAUGGCUGUGACUAGCAUUUUGUUGACCUUUUUUUGGGUGAAAAGGGCAUUGUGGCAGCAGCAGAUGUAUUUUCUGUGACUUCUUUUCUGUGUUUGACCGGAAAAAAAGAAAAUCCCCCCCAACCUACUGUAAAUUGUGUAUGAAACAAAUUGUCUUACGGUUGUUUGUCUAUUUUUAAUCUUGGUUUUAGUCAAGCAUCUGGUAUCUGUUCUGGGUUCCCCGUUUUCUCUUGUAACUGCAUAUAGUGCAAACCAGUUAAGUAUGGAACCAUUUGUUUCCGUAGACAAAGAUUACUGUGGACUUUAUUCCACUCUUCAGUCUUUGUGGAACAAGCAUGCACUUGGUUCAGAUGGUUUGAAAUAAGUGCUGCUACAACUCGAUGGGUUUUACCUUUUCUUUUUCCCUUCACAUGCUUAGUUUUGUCAACUAGCUGGAUACGCUAAACUUGUUUUCUUUGCCUUUUGGUCAUGAAGUCCGGAAUUUCUAUCUUGUAUUUGAAAGCUCUUUCUGAACAGAAGGACUCUUCCUCUGUAGUGGAUUAAUUAAUAGCUUACUGCUAACCUUGUGUAUGUGUAUGUAGCUGUAUUAGUAAAAGUGCAGUUUCUCAUGUGCGAAAGUUUGAACGACUGAAAUAUGUAUGUACUGACCUCUCGCUAAGAAGGAAAGAAAUCAAAGUUCGUGACUACUCCUUUCCUAUCUCCAGUCUCUCCGCUAUUCCCCCACCCCAACACUUAGUUUAACAAAUUCUGUAAAUAGAACUACCAUCAAUUGUGUCUGCUCUACAUUACUCUUCUUUUAAAACCUACACUUAAUAAUAAAAGUAUUGCUUAAGUGUGUUGUAUCAUUACAUGUGUAUACUGCACUUUCCAAGAGAAGUUUUACAUGAGAACUAUGGAAAUGACCUUAGUAAAAUUGUGGAUAGAACUCUAUUAUUUUUUUGUUUUAUAUUCCUAAAGCACAGGCAAGCUGGACUGGAAAACAAGAAGACGCUAUAGAUAGAAAGUUAUUGUAUAGUCAGAUACUGAGAUUAUAUGAAAAGAGAAUGGAUUUUAAAAAGUAACCAUCUACUGUAUAUUAGAAACAAAGAUUUCUGUGAAUUAAAGUACUUUUAAAGAAUGUUUAAGAUUUUAAAUCUAAUGGCACUUGUUCAAGGGUUCUGGAAAAAAUUAUAAAUGCACUGGGUUGUUAAUAAUGCUAUUAAAUAAGCAGAUGUGAAUGUUUAUUGCUUUCUCAAGUAGCUAUUCAUGGAUCUGGGUGGGAAAUCCAAUACAAUGGAAGCAUACAUUUUAAGAUGUCUAUUAUCUAGACCUCCUUCAUCAGAAAGUACUUGCCACUUAAUUGUGUAAUGAAUAGAAAAUGCAAGAGAGGUGAAAUGAGUGGAUAUUUGGGAUUAAUUUUAAGCUGUCCAAAAAAUCUGACUGUCCCACAGGUGUUAGGUUAGUGUUGGUACGUUGCUUAAAAGUUGAGGAGUUUGUGUGAAAGCUGCUGCUGUGAAGGAACAAACUGAACUGUCACCCGGUGUCCGCAUGGGUGACGGUUGGUCCCCAGCAUCCCAAAGUGGUGUAAGAAGGAUUCUCUCCUGUAAUUAUGCUUGGAGCCUUGUUCAAGCCCACAGGAGGUGCUUCUGUCCCCUGUUAAGGGUUGUAGGGUCGGGUGUUGUUGAGUAACAGAAUACAAACCUACAGUCAGCAAAAUCACUGCAGAGUGAUUUUCCUCUCGGCCCGGUACGUGCUGUUCGUUCACGUUGGGAUGAUGGAGGAGCCUUUCUGCCCUAACGGGCUGGAGCUUGUAGUAGUGUUCUUGGCAUUAACUGUUUUGACGGAUUCUCCCAAUAGGAUACUACAUGUGCAGCCACAGUACACGGAGCAAUUUCCUUUUAAGUCAAGGUUGUGCGUUGGAUGCAAGAGUAAACUCUGGGUUGGGGGUAGCAAGAUGUUCACAGAACAGUUGGAACUUAGAUGUUGGUUCUCGCUUACUCUGAAGGGUCUUGGGAUUUGAACUGCCUCUGCCUUUGGAAAUCUCCCCAGUUCAUCUUGUAACCGGAUGAGCACAAGUGUCACACCCACAAUUCAGAGAUCAGCAAAUGUGUAUUGUAUCGACAAUAUCCGCUUGUUGGGAGCAUCUGUCCCAAAACCAGGAGGUGCUGCAGCUUCCAAGUCUUCAUGGGGUUCCUUGGGACUUGGCCAGGGCUGCAACCUGCUGAAGACUGAGAGAUGGGUGGAAGAAUCUUGGCACUGCUGGCUUUGCGGCAGACCACCUGCAUCCUCUAACAGCCCGUUUACCACAAGCAAAUGGCAGCUUGAGUGAAUCUCUGUGUAGAGCAAAAUUAAUUUUAGAGGGGGAUUCUUGUGAAUGAAUGAUGGCAUUCUUCAGCCUGAAAGCUCACAGCAUAUUGCCUCCAGUGACUUUCCAAACCUAUGUUAUUUAAAAAUUGAUUUAAAAAAAAAAAAGUUAUUACGAUGAAAGUUCAGAUCUGAUUCAGACCAAAGACAGAGUUCAGCAAGUUUUGGGGUAUCCAAGCAAACAUAAAAUGUGGAGCAUGUGGGCCUCUGACUACAGAAAAUGUCAUGAAGCCCGUGGUGUGUGCGUGUCUGCGUGGAGUGAGCUAUUUUCUUUUUAGCCAAUACAUUUUCUAGUUCAGGAACUCUCAUAGGAAUUGGUCAGAGUUGGGGAGUAGCUGGCAUGGAUGUGAGGGAAGCGUGAGUGGGACGUGGGGGAGAGCUCUGGUGAACGAGGCUUGUCGGUUAACUUGGCUACCAGGAAUUGGGUGAGGCUAGUUCCCGGGACUUCUCUGUGCUGAGCUGUGUGGGCACUGCACGUUAAAACUGCAGCACUCCAGCAGGAAACAUAGACUUGGGAGCGGGGGAAAGGUUUUUCUUUGUAUUUAUUUUUUGUUCCUGUGUUGUCUGUUUUGAUAACUGAAGGAAGCUGUGCUCCGGGGACAGCCGUGCCUGCGCACAGGAGCACACGCUCCACACGCAGCAUCAGAUCUCGUUGUUCCUUGGGAUGACGGGGGGGGGCUGCUUGGCUGGGCUGGUUUUAAGGACAUUACUGAUGUGUGAGACUUGUGCUCCUGUCCUGCACAGGAGGGAGUUUAACCCCUAAAAACUCACCUUCUGUUUUUCUUGGGCAGUCACAGGCUGCAUUUUAAAAGUGACUUGGGUAUGUAACGCUUGGCUCGUGCACAAUACAAACGGGGGGGGAAACCAGUCUCUGGUUGGUCAAUCUUGUUCAUAAACUGCUGGAAUAUGGUGUGCGAGGUCGGUGCAUUUAACACCUUCCCUGUCUCACUUUGCACGGUGCAAACGACUGUACAAGUGUGCCAAAACUAGAGCAUUAAAUUCCUUAUCUUCUGGAUCCACAGAACCCCAGAUCUGCUCCCAGCUCUGCCACUGUGCGGGGACUUUGGGCAGAAACGCUGAAUUCUGCUGUCCAAAUUGUUGUCCAGUGACAUAGUAAUGGUGAUGCUGGCCUUUGGUGUUCUGCUUUGAUACCUCCUUGCUGAAAGCACUGUACGGGGGUAGUUCUGAAUUGUUUAAUGACAGUGCUUCUAGGAACGGGAAUACAAGGAAAAACCUCUGUCACUUCAAGAAUGAAGGAAUGAGAAGUCUUUUUGACCCAUUUUUAAAUGCUAGACUAGUAAUCUUGCAUACUAGUGAUUGUGCUGAUUUUUAGCUACCUGUUACCAUGUGUCAAAACCUUCCUGACUUUUGCUUGAUGAAAGCAGGAGAGUUACUCGGUGGAAGAGUAGCUUCAGACUCUAGGAAUACCUCCGUCUCCCCUGACCUUCUUGUUUUGGGCUCUGCUCCAGAAAUGAGAUCAUCAUCUUGGUGACUGCUCUGCCUCCUUGCAGCCCCCUGUAAUAGGGUGAAUAAAUCUUUUAUAGCUUUCCUGUCAGUUAUUUCAGUACUUUGCUACUUCAGCGCCCCGUUUUCCUUAAAAGAUGGAGGAACUCCGUGUGUCAGUGCUGUAACUCAAAGGGUCUUUUCUCCAGUUCGCAAUCUGAAUACACACAGGGUGUAUUCCUAGGGUACCAAGUGAUAAGUGUUUUUAUUACUAAGGUUCUCCCUGCAGAAGGGGAGCCUGAGUAUAGUUUAGGAGUUGUGUCUUUAAUGUGUAUAUCUGACCCUGGCACAAAAAAAUUCUACGUGAAUGUUGUACAGGGAAACCUUAUCUAUAAACUCAAGCUUCUGUAAAGAUUUUUCUGCUGUAAAGCUUGCAGCUGUUAGGAGCGUGUGUGUUAAAACCUGAACAUUAAUUGAAAGCAUAAGGGAUGCUUCCCCACGCAGUAACACACAGAUCUCAGGAGUCUGGAGGAGGAGGAGACAAAAGAGGCAGCUGCCUGUCAACAGCGUCCGUCCUGGCACAGGCUGAUGUUAGGAAAUGCUACCCCUGCAGAAGAGGCAUCUCUUUUUGCAUGAGGGGCUGUGGGUGCUUUGCGUGUUGAUUCAAGCAAACCAUCUGCCUGUAUCUUUUCAGGCCUCUUGCAUAGCAUGCUCUUGGUGUGAACAGGAGCCAGCACAUUGCAGAGAAGGGACAGGGCAUCAAACAAAAAGGCACUGUCUUAGUUUCAUGAGAUUUGUCCUUUACCAGCCCACGGAGUGACCCUUUCUCCCCUUUUCUGUAACACAAAACAAAGCCGCCAUGCCUUUUCACAUGAAACAGGUCUCGGGUCUCAGACCUGCCGAAGCAUCCAUCGGCGCUGGCUAACUUAAAUUCUCCAUCAUCCUAGAAGUUAUGCAGCAUGCGCCUCUGAAAUGUCUGCAAAGCCUGUAGCUAUGGCUGCUUAUGGGAACGCACUGACCUUGUCUCUUUAGCUCUAACUACACAAAGAGGUUUGGGUUUUUUUGGUUUGAUUGCACAUUUCGAUGUCUAAGCAUAGCUCAGACCUUUUUUAACAGAGGAGAUUAACAACUAUGAGAGGAGAUGUCCAAGCCGCUCUCUCUCUAGUUAGACACGCACCCAGAUGUUAGCUAAAGUAAAAUGCUGGCAUGGCAUUGUCCUUCUUGUUGCAGUGAUGCUUCCAUGGCUCCUUCUGGGACUUCCCUUUGCUUUCUGCCAAAGGAGACAGAGGGAACCCAAGAAGGUGGGAAAGAAAAGGUGCCUGAGACCGCUUACUGUGGGAUGGUGUCUGGUAGCCAGGUUUCCUCCUUCAACAUCAGGAAAAUAGAACAUGAGAGUGUAGGUGGUGCUCCUCUCUGGUCAGGAAAUCUCCAAAUUUUUCAGGUAACCCACCGUGUUUUAAUAUCACUGUGCCCAUUGUUGUUGUUUUCAAGUCAAGGGCCUUUCCCUUCUUGCCGUAUUGCCUAGCAGCUCUGCAUGAAACCAGCUCCUGACUGAAGGCCAGAACGAUUUCUGACCAAAGCAUCGCUUUGUUUUUUCCUCCCGGAGUAAAUCCACAACUCUUGUACUGGCCAUAGCAAGGGAGAAAACUUCUUCCAAGCAUUUGGUGCCUGUCUCACUUAUGGUGGGCAAAGAGAGCAAGAAAGUAUUGGGAAAAAGUCAUUUUUUGUCUGAAAAUAGAGCAUUCUGCCUAUUGUACAGUGCCUCCAAGUUCAGACACACAUGCUGCUCCUGUCCUAAGCAAACGGGCUUAUAUCCUGCCAACCUUCCUCUUACUCUGUCCUAAACAUCAUCACUUACACAAACAUAGGCACCUACUAAACACAAGUAACUCUUUAAAAAGAAAAUUCUGAUCAAAUGACUUGUUUGCGCUGUUCUUGUGAAAAGUGGGUCAGUGGUUUGCAUUGGCAUAGUGUUCGCCAUGAUAAAUGCCUUUUCCCUUGUUUUCCUGUACACUAUAUUUCAAUGAGGACUGGGUAAUUCAGAGGCAUUUGUGUGAUGUGGCAACCGGCCUUGCUCUGCUUCAGCCUGUACUCUCAAAAAUCUGAAUAAUACCUGGUGAAUAUAUAAGCAGCCUCCCGGAAGAAAACACCGCAGACUGCCGUUCCUGUAAUCUGAGGUUAGCGUCUAAGGUUAAAUCAUUGCUGACAACAGAUAGGCUUCAGGAAAGACAGAUAGUAUUUUUGUAGAGUAACUUACAAAAUGUUCACCUAUCUACACUGGCUUUGUUUAGCAGUGUAAUGUAUCUAAGUGAAUAGUUUCCCAAUAAAUACCGAUUUUGAUGCCUAUUGAAUGACUACUGUGUCUUUAAUUGUGAGACGUGACUGAGAAUGGGUUAACUUGCAUACAUCUACAGAUGCGCUCAAGAAACGGUGCCUUGCGGGCUGCGGUAGGUGUGCAAAUGUCGAUGAUUAACCCGGGCAGAGUUUUAACCUGGGUGAUGAUGCUAUUUUGUCACACAGGGUGGGGUGGUUAGUAUCUCGCUUGUCCAUCGGCCAACCCACCUCCCCACCCUCCUCGUUCUUCCUGCAAUCAUACUGCUUAGUUUUCACGUGCCUUUUUCCUAUCCUUUUGCUAACACGAGUCCAAUGACAUACUCCUAACCUGCCAGUAGUUCUUUGAAGGUAAGAUAUCUUCUGUUCUGUCUGUGUGAGUCGUAAGGCAAAACCAACCCCUUCUUGGGCACUUGUAAGUGGAGAAGAGCGGAACAGCAAGCCUCUCCCCGCACUGGCUCGUUACGCUAACACAGAGGCAAGCCAGCUUGUUAUAGUUCCGUUAGAUACUUGAUUUGAAGUCGUGGUAUGGAUUGUUUAAAAUAAUUUGUCUUGCAGUGGUUUAAAAUAAUGCUUCUAUAGUCACCAGAAUGCAUUAGAAGCGAUAGGCUGACCUUCAUUCUUUGAAAUGCGUACGUUGUUUUAGCAGAUUGUAGGGCAUCCCCGUGUAUUUUACACGCCCCAGUGUAACUCCGUGUAUCCAUGGGAUGGCUCACAGAAAUAGGGGCUAAGCCAAGCUAUAGACCUGCUUGUAGGGCAGCCAACAAGCAAGAGUGCAGAAUGAAAUGACUAAAAUUGUCUGUUUGCUGGAGCUUCACUCCAGGCAGCAGUGUUAACGAAGUGCAAACCUCUCCGAUGGUGGUGGUCGUCGUCGUGGGUGGCAGAGAAAACCUUGUGGAAUGGUGCUGAGAGAGUGCUGGGUGCGCCCAUUCGUGUGUCAAACGUCUUCCAUCUCUUUCUGAAAACUGGUACUUGUGGUGUCCCCAAGCUGUGAGGCAGCAUCGAGUUGCGUGUCAGUUUGUGUGUCGUAAAUACCUUCCCUGGCAUUUUUAUUUUCUUUUAUUUGCCCUCCCUCUCCUUCCCAUUUUCCAUGUGUGAUGGUGGUUUAAAUCUGAACGGCAUGAUGUUUCUUGUGUAAUAAGCACCUUUCAUUCUUACUUAUGACUAAGGAGAUGGAGCUUGUUGAGUAAUG